AUGUCGAACCACAACCUGAAGCUCGAUAUGGCCAAUCUGGAACUUGCUAAGCAGUACUUAGUCUCUGCUUUUCUCUCUUUGGAACCUUCAGAUUGUUUAAUUUCCUUUGAAAGAAAGUGUGGGUGUGGCUUUAUUUCGAAGGAUGUGCAAGAAUUUAUUUGGACAUAUUGCAUUAACAAUAGUGAUUAUAACUAUUAUGCACCUUACUUGAAAAAUUUGCUGAAGAAGCUCAUUAAAGAAGUGGAAUCUUCUGGUGGAAAUGUCUUGGAUGAAUUUUAUGAGCGAUAUGCUGACUACAUGGCUUCUCUAACGGAAGAUGCACCAGCUAAUGGAAGUUCAUGGAUUGUGAAACGCGUAUCGUUUCUUUUUAACGAUGUGCCUAGUCAUUGGGGUCAAAUGCAGAUGGUUGUACCAUUGCAAUGUUCUCUCAAUAUGCUUCAAGGGGACACUGGGUGUGCUCUUUGGCCUUCUAGUCUUUUUCUGUCAGAGUUUAUUCUUUCAUACCCUGAAGUUUUUACGAAGAAGUCAUGUUUUGAGGUUGGCUCUGGUGUAGGUCUGCUUGGCGUUUGCCUUAAUCAUGUCAAAGCUUCUCAGGUCAUUUUGACUGAUGGUGAUGCAUCGAGUUUAGAAAAUUUAAAGCUUAAUUUGGAGAUGAAUAAGAUUGAAAAUUUAGAUGUGUCUUUAGACAAAAGUGAUUGUAGCUUAUGUACGGUACAAUGCAUUCCUCUGUCAUGGGAAUCUGCAGAAGAGAGUGAGCUUUGGCAAUUCCAGCCUGAUAUUGUUCUAGGUGCGGGUGUGUUGGGAAACCCCUCAUGCCUGCCACAUCUUGUUAAAGUUCUUUUGAUUCUUCUUACUCGAAGAAAACCCAUCAGCAGCAAACCGAACAGCAAUAGAGAUACUGAUAGAAAAGAAGAUUGCUCCGACGUUGAUUCUACAGAGUCCAGUAAAGCGAAACUAGAGUCUUCGAAUUUGAAAUCCUUGCUUGAACAAAUGGCGACGGGUCCUGUCGCACUUAUCGCCUCAGUGAUAAGAAACAUUGAUACUUUCAACUGCUUUCGAAAGUUAUGUUCUCAAAAUAAUCUCGAUAUCAGAGAUAUUACUAGAUCGAUUUGGCCUUUUAACUUACUACCUUACAUGGAUUCAUAUAGAAGAUCAGAUGUGCACUUGUUUCUGCAGUCUUAUAGCAAGUGA